UUUUCCUGCUGCGUUUUUUGUAUGCUACCGUGACAAUGACGUUCCUCACAAACCUAGCGCUCCUGUUAUUUUUGGCGUGCAUGUCACAGCAGUUUAUAGCGGCAAACUGUCAGAGAGGCCAGGCCAGAAAAGGAAAAACUGAUGGAAAAGAGAAAGAAAGGGUAGGCCUACAGAAGGAAGGUGAACUAAAUACCCCUGUCCCCUCUCCAGACAAGAAGGACAGCAGUCGCAAAUCUCCAAACAGAAGUGUUUUGAAGGGGAAAUUCUCCACAAAAAAUCACACGCACUGCACCUGGGCAGCUACAGGCGACGAAGCUUUCACUCUUGGAAUCAGUUGCAAAAAAGACGGAAAGAGUUUUGAUUGUGAAUAUUCUGCCAAACCGUCCUUGUGCCCGCAGUACGAGUCAAAUGCGAAAAUGUACUGGAAGCAGAUUGCUAGAGCGUUAAGAAAACAAAGGAAAUUGUGUGUUCACACCACUUCAUUGGUUCGAGCAGGUAUGUGCAGAAAAGCUCCGAGCGAUGCACAUUUCAAACUCAACAGUGUAGGUAUGCCUACCCCGCCUUCAGCUCUGCCGCAGCCGUCAGGUUUAAGAGCAUGUCCUGAUAUGGUUGAUAAGAGAAAACUGGCGGAGGACUAUUGCGACCAAUCCUGGUCAAGUUUUUGUACUUUCUUUUUCUCCAUGGUCCAGGAUGAUGAUUGCUGAGAUUAAAUUACUAUUACUAAGACUGUGAACGGAAUUCUUACUCUAUAUUGAAAGUUCAAUGACAGCAUGUCAAUGACAAGACCUGUUGCUGAAUGGAAUCAGUGUUUUGAGAUGUUUUCACCACGCCUCUUUCUGAGAUAUGUCUACUGAAUUGUUUUCAUUGUUGUCUUUAAAGAUACUUACAUAAUAAAUACA